CGGUUACACGGCGCAGGGGAUUCCGUAGCUUCCGCUUCCGGUCGCGAGAAGGCUGCGAGUUCGCUGGGUGCUGAGCGUGCGGGUUCAGGAUUUUGUGCAGGUCCUGCAGAGUGGAUACUUAAAUCCAAGAUCAUGGCAAAUCAUCUCAAGUUCAUUGCUAGGACUGUGAUGGUACAGGAAGGGAACGUGGAAGGUGCAUACAGGACCCUAAACAGAAUCCUCACCAUGGAUGGGCUCAUUGAGGACAUCAAGCGUCGGCGUUACUAUGAGAAGCCGUGCCGCCGGCGACAAAGAGAAAGUUAUGAAACCUGCCGGCGGAUCUACAACAAGGAAAUGGCAAGAAAGAUCAACUUCUUGAUGCGAAAGAAUCGGGCAGAUCCAUGGCAGGGCUGCUGAGGCCUGUGGAUAGGAUGCCCAAUAUGAAAACCCUUGUCCAAUUUGUGUCUCCACCUCUUUUCUUUCUACAAUCCCAUUUUCUGUUACCUUGCUCUACAAUAAAUUCAAUUACAUAUAUGCAA